CCAUCAGGAGCAUUUGUGAGGAGUUCAAGAUGAAAAUGUGAGUAAAAUUGGACACCUACCAAUAUGGUUGCAAAUUUUGUGAAUUUUCCUUAAUGGAUGGUUAAAAACGUGAGCAGACUCUUAAUAUUAAAUCAGAAGAUCCUUAUUAUAGUCAUGGUGGGUUUUGUUGUUGUGUCUUACAGGUUGAGUCCUGCAGAAGUUGCAUUCCUUAGGGAGUACUGUACCACCAUGAAGCCACUGGUGAAAGCUUCAAACAUCCUUCAGUCUGAGUCCACUUCCUUUAUGGGAUGGCUCCUGCCAGUAAUCCAACAACUACUGUCCAAACAUAGCAGGCUGGAGACAUCAAGCAAGACAUGCGUGCCACUCAUCAGAGCCCUGCAAAAUGGCCUUCAAAAGCGUUUUGGACCGAUGAUGGAGGAUCCAGAGUUGGCUGCAGCUGCAGUCCUCUUACCCAAGUUCAAGACUUCCUGGACUGACAGAGCAGAUGUAAUAGAGGCUGCCUUGACAUACAUCAAACAACAUCUUGAAACGAUGGAGCAUGAGAGUGAGGAUCAGCAAAGAGAGUCAUCUGAUGAAGAUGAAUUCUUCUCCAGACCAAUCUCCAGAAGGCUGCAAAGUGCAGUUGAGCUUGAUGGUUAUCUUGCUUGUGCCACAGACACUAUGGAGCUGCUGCACUCCUUCUCAGCCAUCAAAAACCUCUCUUUUAAACUGAACACAGCUCUGCCUGCUUCUGCCGCGUGUGAACGACUUUUUAGCUGUGCUGGUUUACUCUUCACAGCCAAACGAAGUCGGAUAGCCUCUGUUAAUUUAGAAAACCAGCUCUUGCUGAAACUGAACAAAAGGUUCAGAAAGUAAAGUGUGACAGAAAUGCUAAGAGUUUAAGACACUUACCUGCCUGUUGUUCAGUGUAUGGGGAAAAGUUUAAACGGUUUACGCAUGUUCAGAAACAUUUUUGUCAUUGUU